GCCCCGCCGUCGGGAGCGGGAGCUGCUGCUGCCUCUGCUGCCAUCGGGACUGCGGGCAGGGAUUGGAGGCGGAGGAGGGGAAGGGAAGGGAAGAGAAGGGGCUCCGGAUGGGGAGGAGGGCGGUCCUUCUGGGCGGCAGGGGGCGGGGAGGGGCCUCCAUUGUGGCUCGAAGGGGCUGCAAUGCAGGGCGGGGGCCUUCCUUCCUUCCAGGGAACGCGUGAAGGAUUGCGGGCUCACGGGGGCUUCUGAAGGCCUGGGCCUCUUGAGCGGUUAGCAGGCGGCAAGGCUGUCAUUUGAGGGCGGUCGCUAUUUGGGGCAUCCGUUAUUUGGGGGGCCUACAGCUUGGAGUGAUCACAAUUUUGUGGCCUCUACAACUUGAGGCUUUCAUUCCUCAAUCAGGGCGAUUACAAUUGGAUGCCUUCAUGGUUUCAGGGAAUCGCAACGAGGUGCCCAAAUUUGGGGCAUUAUUCAUUCACCAUUUGACGUGCCAACAAUUGGAGUGAUUACAAUUUGAGGUGCUCUCAAUUUAGGGUUACGUGUAGGGUGUGUGCAUGUUAUUGUAUAGCAUUGAGGCGCUCUCUCUCAAUUUAGGGUUACUUCUAGGGUGUGUGUGUAUUAUUGUAAAGCAUUGAGGCUGUAUUAUAUAUAUUUUUUUGUGGGAAGGGUAGUUAAUUUCAUACCUAUACAACAGGUUUUGGGGAUAUUCCGAUUCAGCUUUGUGGAGGAAACCAGAUUGAAUUGUGGUGAUGUAGAUUUUUCCAGACUGAGAGUUUAGCAGAUUUGUGUGAUUUAUUAUUUUAUUUUAGAUUAAAUCUUGAGUUUGGAAUUUCCUGUGGGGGUGAUUAUAGCAUCCAGAUAUCCUGCCCAUUUUGUACAGCAACUCCAUUUGGGGAGGAAAUAGUUAUUUGUAACUAUUAUUAGUUAUUAUUAUAAUAGUUAUUUGUAACUAAACCAACCUUUUAAACUACAGUAGCAUCCUACAGUUUUGUAAGGUACUGCUAACUCUGUCGAGAUAUUGCAGGAAUCUGGAGGUGCAAUCAUAUAUUACUUGGGGGGAGACCUUCUGUGGACUGUUUUACUCCCAAAAUGCCCUUAAAGAGCAUUGAGAAAUGCUCUUUAAUUUUGUAGGAACUGCCUGACACCAGAGAACCUAAAGGUCGCAUGUGUGUUGCCUUGUGCACAGGGCCCUUAUUUACCUGUAUUGUUUAUUAAUUUUAGUAAAAUCUCUUUGAACUUCUAGUAGAGUGCAUUAUUUUGGAAAGUAAGCUAUAAUUCCUGAAAACUAUCGCCGUUGGGGGGGAAUGUUAUAUAUGGCACUCCAUUUAUGCGAAGGAUUUCAGCGCAGAAGCUUUAAUUUGCAUUCCUAAGAUACUUUUUUAAUGGAAAAAGUGUAUAUAUACUGCUGUUAUUAGUAGGAGGGGAAGAAUAUUAGAUUUGGAUGAUUUGAGGUGGAGCUACGUUUUUUUCACUGUGAAGGGUUGCAUAUAACUAUUUGAAGGUCACCCUAUACUUGAAAAAGACAAAACAAAGGCUGCUAAAUGAAUCUACAAGAGAGAUUUCCAGUUGGGUAACUUCCCUGUUAAGAAGGGUGUUUUCAGACUGCAGUUUUCCGACUGUAUUGCUUCCAUUGGGAAUAAAUACUAGUCUGUCAGGGGUUGGUGGGUUUGCCCACCCUCUAAUGCUCCCCCAAGCCAUGUCCGCUUUUGGGGAUGCUCACGAGUGGUACAUGGGGGCGCUCAGCCGGCAAGAAGCAGCUGCCUGCCUUCAGGGCCACCGGCAUGGGACGUUUCUGGUCCGAGACAGCACUACAUGCCCUGGGGACUAUGUGCUCUCCGUCAGUGAGAACUCCAAGGUAUCGCACUACAUCAUCAACAGCCUCCCUGGGCGUCUACGGAUUGGGGAGCAUGAGUUUGAUGGCUUCCCUGCUCUGCUAGACUUUUACCGCCUCCAUUACCUGGACACUACUACUCUGGUAGCCCCCGUGGGCCGGGUGGUAGCCCCUGCCUCUGCCCAGCCACCUCCUGCGGGGGAAUGGGUCCGGGCCCUGUACGACUUUGUCGGCCGCGAUCAAGAGGACCUCCCCUUCACCAAAGGGGAACCCUUGAGGGUCUUGGCCAAGCCUGAAGAGCAGUGGUGGACAGCGCAGCGUGCGGAUGGGCGCGUAGGCAUGAUCCCCGUGCCCUACGUCCAGCCAUGCCCCUAUGCUCACCCCAGCAGCCAUGGGGCCCCCCGCCAUGCUCCCGUAAUAGCAAGAGCAGUGCAGCGACGUGUGCCCGGUGCCAGUGACAAGACGGCACUGGCCUUUGAGGUGGGUGACCUCAUUGCCGUCACCAAGAUGAACGUCAACGGCCAAUGGGAGGGCGAGCUGAACGGACGCCGCGGCCACUUCCCUUUCACCCACGUCAAGGUCCUGGACCCCGAGGAAGCCAGUUGAGUGUGUGGCGUAUCCCUUGAACUUUGCCUUUCCCUAUAAGGGGUUACGACUCCUGAACUCUGACAUGUGACCACCUGGCCACCUUGAACAUUGUACCUCCUGACAUGAGCCUUGAAACUUUAAGCUCCCCCCACCAUGGGUGUUAUUGAUCACCCAGUUCAUUGAUAGUUCAACUCCUUGGACAUGGACCUCUGCUUCCACCUUGAACCCCAUUGACUUACGAACUUUGCUCCUUCACUGGCUGUUCUUAAAUAUCAACUUUGACCCCCUUUGGGCUUGCUCCAUCUUUGCUCCCCAAGAACGCAGUGAUUCUUUUGGCCUUGUGGUUUCCGAUUCUGAUGAUGUGCUACUCCGCCUCCCAUGACCUGUGACCCCAGGGGCUCUUGACCUUUGAUGGCUGACCCCUUUAGCUGUGUGUAUUUUUCAUCGGACCCUGCUGUCAUUGACUUGGACCUGAGUGACCAGAGUCUUGCUGCCCCAAUAGGAACCCCAUUCCGCUUGUUGUCUGUUCCAAACCGCCUUGUUAAUUAAAGUUUCCUGCAGAGUA